AUGUCAACAAUACGAGGCCAGAAAAAGAAUAAUCGAAGAAAAGCUACGUCACUUCGAAAUACACAAUACACAUUGCUUCGUAUCCAAAGAAUCAGCAAAUUGAAAUUUAGAAGUUUAGAAAUUGAAGAAAUAAAAUUAAUGGAAUUUAAUGAAUCUAUCCUUGGAGCCGGACAUUACAUACGGAUAAUUUACGAUGGACGAGAAUUACCCGUUAGAAAGCCUAACUUUCUACCGGAAAAAACCAAAUAUAUUAAUCGGAGCCGAUUAAUUCAUCAAAUUUAUACAAUUAGAAAAGUUCAACAUAGAAUAGUCAAGGAAUCUUCAGCUAAAUUAAAUAAAAAUUAUGGUCUGUAUUGUGAUGGCCGAUUAAGAAAUUUGAUUUGGCUUGAUUUCAGUUUCAUCGACAAGAAUUCAAACAAUAUCGAUCAAUUGCACUCUGAUAUAAUUGAGAAUUUUAUAUUUGAACUUCAUAUGGACCAGGCUGGUGCUAUAUAUUAUUUAUCUCAAUAUGACUUCCGAAGGAAACUAAAUUAG